AUGCAUUUAUUAUUCAUAUUAUAUUUUUCACUUUUCUUUUCAUUUCUUUCCUCACCUACCGUCGGAUUCAUAACGCGUAUCUAUCUAUCUAUCUAUCUAUCUAUCUAUCUAUCACAGUCUCUUCAUAUCUAUUUUAUCUAUCUAUCUACCAAACAAGCCAACAUCCUCUUCUUUCUCCAAAUCCUUCUCCCUCGGCCAUUAUUUUUUUAUUCGUACACUGAUCCCCUUUACUUACCUCUGAAUACAGUAUCUCGCCCAAUACGACCGCACUUCCGUUUCAGUUUAUUCUAUUUCCGUUUCAUUUUCUUAACGAUCCGCCAUGUUUUCCUUCAUAAUUCUCUGCACCGAUUUCUCUUCCGUUCUCACUGUCUUUAUUCCCCUCUUUUCUGUUUUUUUAUCUUCUUCUUCCCACUCUUAAAGCCGAGUUCCAAUGCCUGUUCGUUAUAUUCCCUUACGCGCAAAUAUUAUUUUCUCUCUCUCUCUCUUUCUCACCCUCACUCUCUCUCCCUCUCUCUUUCCCUCUCUCUCUCACUCUCCCCCUCUCUCUCUCACUCUCCCUCUUUCUAUCUCUCACUCUCACUCACUCAGUCACUCUCUCUCUCUCAUACUCUCUCUCCCUCUCUCUCUCUCUCUCUCUCUCUCUCAACUAUGGAUUAA